CGCUUUGGUAGCGUUGUCUUGUGACGUCAUUAGUCGGUAAAUAAGUACGGCAUGUUGUUUCGAAAAUGACAGAAAUCGCAGAAAACAUGCAAGAUGUAGUUAAAAAACGCAAUUACAAGUGAUGUUUUGUUCCCUUGUGUAAGAGUACAACUGUUUCUAUGCCUUCUAAAAUUUUUGUAUCGGUACCAAAAGGAAAUAUUAGGAAAAAAUGGUUCGAUAUCGCAAAACAGAAUGAUGCUUCAUCGAUAUCGCUCAGCACCAGUUUGUUUUGUUGUCAAGAUCAUUUUUAUUUGCAAGAAGAUAUAGAAAAUUAUACGAGAGUACGACUCGAUCCAAAUGCAUCUAUACGGCUGAGAAAAGGUGUAUUACCUACGAUAUUUAAUUGUCAACCUGAUAGACAACUUCCUCACGUCAAACCGACAUGUUCAGGAGCUCUAAAACGGCAGAAAAUAAUCUUAAACGAAAUGUUGCAAACUAUAACAGUAAUCGAUAGUAGCAUGGAAUGUGAAUGCACAGAGUCUAUUGUAACCGAACCGUUGCAUAUCGACAGUAACAUUGAUGAUUUUUCAACAACUGAACAUCAGGUGGCUGCAGUUGAAAUGAAUUGGAGCGAUGAUGUGAUACCAAAAUAUAAGGAUGUUGGUAUUCAAGUGAAAAUGCGUGAUCAUAAGAUAUCAGUACGUAGCAAAUGUGUACAAAACGUGCCAACGAUGAAAAAUGCUUCGUAUUCGACAGAACGAAAAACGCUUCAGCAUGUAAAUGUACUAUCUGACUCGACAUAUUGAUGUCAAUAUGACUUUAUUUGUCACUUAAACGUCACUGACAAUAAAUGACGCAAAAGUGAUAUAAAAAUAGCAAAAGUAUAUAUAUGUUCGGCCCCCCUCCUGUACCCUCCCCGCUCUCGUUGCGCAUGGAAAGUUGCAAACUUAUUCAGAAUCUUGCUUAUCUGUCGCCUCCGUGACAGAUUUCCUAAUCUAAAUUGUCAUCAACUUUAACAAUUUAUAUCUCGCUCCACGAGGCAGAACGACGAUUUUUUUCAAAUAGGAAAGUUGUUUCUCUUGCAAAAACGCGUUGAGUAAAUAUUUUUUCGUCGAUAUCGGAGGUAGGUAGGUAUCGGAGGAGGGUAUUCUGUAUAAUUACCGAUUUGACAUUUACACACAGCUGCGUUGGGACAUUACUAUUGAACAGAAGCACAACAGAUUCACUAUCAGCACCGGACAUUCAAUGGAUGU